AUGGACAUCAUCGCGCUCCUCGCCAUCGCCGCCAUCCCCACAGUCAUCGGCACCGGCCAGGCCAUCUCGGCCCAAAAGAGAGAAAACGAAGCACAGAAGGAGAAGGUCAAGUUCGGUAUCGGCGCCGACUUGACCAUAGAUGGCCACAUGGAGGAAGCCAGCGGCGUCUUGAUCGACGGCCAGAUGUUCCUGGAUCAUAGCAAAAGUCCCGUCAAGGGCUUCCCCUUUUCGGGUUGGUACUUCAUGUAUCCUGGCGAGGAGCAGCACAUGGGUCUCGUCUCCAUGACUUCAAACGACCCUCCCGCCAUGGGCUGGAUCUUUGUCGACGCGGACACGCGAGCCGUGCGAUUUGGCGGUAGAAAGGAUACCGUCGAUCACGUUGUUGGCCCCUGGCACUGGACGCCAAACGAGAAGUACGUCUCUCUCAGAGGAAGUGGUGACGGGUUUGCCGCAGUCAGAGCAGACGAGGAGGGCUCACGAUGGGCCGUAUACUGGGACCCUGACGGUUCACUCGCCCAGCAGACGCCUGCUGACCGUUAUGUCCCAAUAGGACUGAAGCGGCAGUUGGCACUUGGCAUAAACAGCCAGUAUGUAAGGGACUGA